GGCACUGUCAAUGUCAGCUGUCGGCCAUUAGACGUCAGGCUGAAAAUUUCCACUUUUCUAAAAAUAAAAAUACAAAAUAAAAUUUCGGUAAUAAAGUCGUUCAUUUGGCUUUCAUCCGACUAAAGCCAUUGCAACAUGGUUAUUACCAAUGAUAUCCACCUUCCAGCCGAGGAAGAAUUAACUGUGCCAGAAGUUAAUUUAUCUAGCUCAGCACUACGAGCUGGAGCUUUUCAUUUAGGAAAACAUUGCGAAAAACAAAAUCUGGAGUUUUUGCUAUGCCGUCAAGAGCUGGACGAUCCCAGGAAGUGUAUCGAAGAAGGGAAACAAGUGACCAGUUGCACUAUGAACUUCUUUCGACUGGUGAAGAAAACUUGUGCCGAUGAGUUCACUCAGUACGCCAAUUGUUUGGACAAGAGCAGUCCGUACUUCGAUUACAACAAGUGCCGUAACACGCAAGGUGUCUACGACAAAUGUAUUUUCGAGAAUUUGAAAAUUGAGCGACCGGAAUACGGCUACUACUGUCGUCCGAAGGUUCAUGAUUCACCGCGACCACGUCCACCACAACCAGAGAAACCCAAUUAUCCAGACACUCCACCGAGCCUACCCGACGACUAUCCCAGACCGCCAGCUAAAUAUGGCUCUCGUUUCCAUUUCGUUAACUAAAUGGCGAAUUGCGAUGCAGUCCCAGAUAGAGCGAUGAGAAUCGUGGAAGUGGAAACUUCAAACUUGUAGCAAUUUUUGAUUUGUAAUGUCAAACAAUGGAAAAUAUAAAAUUCUAUCCGAAUA